AUGCCAACUGCAACCAAGCGUGCGGACAACGCUCCACCCAAAUCAAAGCGCCGCCCAUCUGCAACCGGUCGCUCGGAAUCGGGCUACUCGCGCCGCUCCUCUAUCGGCUCGUUCAAGACCGCUACUGGCGCUUCUGAGCACACACCUGGCAACUUUGCCUCGGAGGAUGACGAGGACGACGAUGAUGACGAGAUUGCCUCUGAAGGCGAAGAUACCAUGACCCGCUCCAAGAACGGCCGCCGCUCCGUUCUUUCGAAUGGCGCAGAUGAGACAGAUACAAAGAGAGCCGCAGCUGUCAGGGACGAUGAGGACAGCGACUCUAGCAACGAGUCAGAUGACGAGCCCGCCAUUUUCAACACAAAGCCUUCCAGCGAAACAAGCACUGCGCCCAAGUCUCCACCCACGUCUCACGAAGACGCUGCCUCCCAGGACGCUUCUAAGAAGAAUCGACGCAGCGCUCUACCCUCCAAGUCCUCGCGUCGUGAUCUCCUUGUCGCCGACAGUGCACUCUCUCCGGAGCGCCGAGGCGGCAAGAGCGUUCGCAAUUCGUACGCAAGCCACCUCACCUUGCCCUACCAGCGCUCCGACGCAGGCGAUGGACGCGAUGCAUCCAAUCGUCUCAGCAAGCUGACUUUGACCGGCUACAACGCGCGCUCCGAUUCCCGCGCAGCAAGCCUGAUCGGGGGCGACUCGCCUGUCAAGGGCGGUCGCGACGCACGCAAGCGCUCCGAGUCGGAACGAGGCGGCAGCAGAGCCAGCCGUCUUCUACCCGCCGCCUCGAUGAACGACCUUGGCCGAAGUGGACGUUCUUCGUUCCAGUCCACCCGCGAUCACGCCAUGCGCGAUCACGAAUCUCGCUACGCAAGGAGCCUGAUGGAACCCAGGUCUCCCUCCAAGAGAGAGCUCCUAUCGCCCGGCGGCGCUGGCAUCUACUCGCGCGACUCUGAUCGCUUCAGUAUCACCUCGCGCGGAACUGCCCGCAGACCCGCUUCCGUCGUUUCCAAGAUGCUCGAUGCCGAGAAUCAGGUCUAUGCCGGCACCCGCAUCCGCAAGUACAUCGAGCCCCAGCUCAACGAAGCCAUGCGACGUGUCAUGAAGCAGUUCGCCGGCCACAACUUGCAGGACCACAGAUGCAACGGAUACCCCAUCGCGGUCUUUGUUGGCGCCACUGCGAUCGACACUGGCAGCAUCAUCCAGCCUCACGUCUCGGGUGCCGUCUCACUCUACUUUGGCCCCGGUCACCCCAAGAACAUGGCUUCGGUGCUGCCCGACGAGGAUCGCUUCCCGAGUCACAUUCCCAACCCCAAAGCGCCCACGCCGACCUCGCUCUCUCGUCGCGCCGAGCUGCGCUCCGCCGUAACGGCACUUCACACCAUCUACGAGCUCUACCAGGGCCGUGCGUGUGCUCACGUCUGCAUCGACUCGGCGUACGUCGCCAAGGCUUGGGGUGCCUGGAUCCCCACGUGGGAGGCUAAGGGCUGGCCCGGCGAGGAUGACGAGAGGGAGGGCGAUUACGAUCGUUGGGAGGAGGAGUACAGUCAGAGACGCAGGGGGCAACGCAGGGCCUACGACAAGUCUGGCGGUCGAUACAUGGAUCUGCCCGACGAUCGACGCAGAGGAGAAGGCUACCGCAGCGAUGGCAGCCGAAACCGUGACUCUCGAGUCUCUCGUUCUCGCAGCAGCUUCGACGACCGCCGUGACUGGCUUUCGAGCGAUCCCUACGAUGGCGGCAGGAGACGCAGCGGCGCCCCUACCUCGUCCGGACGACGAGGAGGUGACUACUCUUCCGAGGAGGAGGACUCGCCUCGCCGCUCUUCCUCUCGCAACCGUGGCAUGCGCCGAGCCCCCGGUCAACGUCUGGUGGACGAAGAUCUCCUGCGCGAGCUCGCCGAUAUUCGCUACGAAUUCGCCCGCGUCGAGCGUGACCGCAAGGGCUCCGCUCACUUCUACCUCAUCGACCGCAGCAACAACCCUGCUGACCGCAUGGCGCGUGCCGUCGCCAAAGCCGAAGGGAACCCGCUCAAGAACGCUGAUCAAUUCGAUUCGCGCUCCGAGCUUGGCUUGCACGUCGACGAGGCCCGUCUGUCCGAUGACGAAGUGCUCGACGACGAGUACGAUGAGUGGCUCGAGACGCGUAGCCGUAUGUCGGGCACGUCGAGAGCCUCGCGCCGCGGAGCAGACAGGAACAACAGUCGCAACAGCAACCGGGGCAGCAUCGUCUCGAGCGCCAGCGGCAAGCUGCGCAAUGCGACCUCGAUGCCUGCGGGCAAUCUGAGGGGAGCGAGGAGGCAGCUCGACACUUUUGCCGAGGAGGAUGAAGACGAUCUGGCGGCCGAUGCCAAGUCGGUGAGAUCGGCGAGGACGUCCAAGUCGGGGAGGUCGGGGAGGUCGAAGAAGUCGACGCGAGCCGAGCGCGAGAGGGACGACUACCGUGCUAGGCAAGAGCAGCUCGAUGCGAAGGAGGAGGUUGCUGCGAGACGGUCGACGAUGCGCGGUGGCCGUCUGGCGCCCCCUUCUGCUUCCGAGCGAGGCGGUGGCAGCGGCAGGUUGUCGCUCGACUCACGUCGCGAUCGCAUGUCGUUUGAUCUUCCCGACGAUGCCCCGCGCCGCGGCUCGCUCGACACCAGGCGCAAGGUCUACAAGGCCAAAUCGCAGCCCGAGAUUCGCGAAAAUCCUGGUACACAGAGCGUCCGCAACGCGCUCGCUUCCGCCGCUGUCCUCCCGGAAGACGAGGAGGAGGACUACGUCCCGCGCCGCUCGCUGCAGAUCAGCGACUCGUACUCGCGUGGUCCGCGACACCCGCGUAGCCGGCUCAUGUCUUCCAACAGCGACUAUCCGGAGAUGGACGACCUGGUGCCUCCCACUCGUGGAUGGGAUGGCGGCUCGGUCUACUCACGCCAGAGUGUCGACGGGCGACGACGCCAGGUGCCCGAAUCGCCUCGCUCGACGCGCAAGGCCGGUCGUGCGCGCGACAUUCCCGAAGAAUCCGCCUCGCCGCAGAAGCCCAAGUUCGGACUCUUCUCGAACCGCUCCACGCCAUCGCUCCGUGCUCCGGCGCCCGAGGACGCCGACUACAACUGGAAGCCCAAGUCCAAGAAGAAGAAACAGCAGCGCGAGUGGCAGUCGACCACGGCGAGGGAUUAUGCCGAUGGCGAGAAGAGCGGCUGGGACGAGGACCAGGCGCAGGCUAAGAAGGGAGGCUUCUUCAGCCGGAUGUUCGGUCGCAAGAAGUGA